AUGAACAAACUGCUUUGGCUCCUCACGCCCUUGACCGGUGAAGAAUGGAUCAGACAAUGCUUGACAUUGUACGCGGACGAUUUGCAUGUAGGCUGCCAGUUUCUGACCGUUGGUGCACUGGACCACCAUUUGCGAUGCAUGGGCCAUUUACUUGAUUGCAUUGAAAGACUCAAACUGCAGAUCUCCUUGCAAAAGUCCUAUUUGAUCUUUUCCCACACUGGCAGCAACGUGCGGCAUGCGCUCAAAGGCCGGCUGUGCUAUCUACAGCAUCAAGCACACCUGUUGCUAUCGCGUUGCACUGGAGAAGCUACGGCGCUACCGCUGAAAACCAUGGGUCGAUAUCUGGGUGUGAUUGUUUCUUAUCAUGCUUUCGAACAACAGACGUGGCUUCAUCGCAAGAAGACAGCCUGGAUUGCAUAUGCUCGACUGAAACGCUGGCUCCGUCACAGACAGAUUCGACAAACUCAUCGAGUAUAUCUCUGGCACACUUGUAUCCAUACAAUCCUUACAUAUGGCAUCUUCGGUACAGGAGUCACAGUACAGUCGCUCACUGAUUAUCAGCUUACAAUAUUCCAAAUGAUUCGACUUCUGAUUGGUGACCACUCCUACAUGACAGGGAACACACACCAGAGGGCCAUACAGAAUCAAUCUCUUCCACUUCCCCUGCAGCUUCUGAAGCAUGGCGCCGAGAAGCUAUGGCUGAGACUUCAGAGGCGUGCUCUGCAGCUGGACUCGACAGAUUUUCUACAGCAGGUGGAUUGGCAGCACCAUCACGACACAAUGCGUUUGAUUGAUCAGGUCCAUGGCAGCAUGCCGGAAGUCCCCAUCGAUGGAGACGCCUUGAUGAGGACGCCACAGGCAAAUGAGCCGCCUAGCACAGCUGCACCAGCCGCACCCGUGCUCAGUAGCAAUCGGGCCGAAAGAAACAGUUUCCAGGUCACAGCACAGCCAUUUUGGCCGGUCCUGAAACAGAUCAUCCAAGAGCAGUCAUGGCACCGACUACAGGAACAUCCUGACAUUGGCCAGUGUGAGCUGUGCCAAACCAGAUGCGAUGACCUUCAGAGUUUGCAUCGACAUUUGAAGGCUGAACAUGAUGUGACAGUCUUCGACUGGAACUUUGCCAGAGUUCGACAGAUGGCCAUGAUUUUCUACACCAGUGAAACAGAGAUGUUCAUACCACAGCAAUACAAUGAGCAAACCCUGAGACUCACUCAUCGUGCAUUGGCCAACCAUGCGCGAUUUCAGAUGCUGCUUAAUGUGGUAUCGGCGAGCCAGUACAUGCGGGAAAAAGACGAAGAGCCGCUGAACAAGAAGCUCAAACAGGAGCCCGUCGGCGUCGACAAGGCCGCAAUGCCACCCAGCCAGCAGAACAAAGCCCUGCUCACGCUGAUCCAUCAUCUGGCCAAGGUGGUCCUUCAACACGAUCGGGCAAUCCAGAUGGAUCGCAAACAGGACUCCUUCGUUAUCUUUGCCCAAGUCAGCGCGGAGGGAGCGCUCCCGUUGCUGACGUUGAAAGCCAAGGAAUGGAAGGACAUGACGGAGAAGACCACCACACUCCGCACCUACCUGCUGAAGCACCUGAUCCUGGAGAUACAACAGAGGGCCAUCAAGCUGUCCCAGAGCUCCCAGGGGACCCAGCUGUGGGACGUAGCAGUAUCCAAGGGGGUGAUCCUCCAGGACGGAUCAUGGCCGUUCCAACAAUGGUGCCACACGGAGAAGAAACUCACCAAGUCCCAUCGAGCGCCACUCCCGAUGAGCCGCAUCCUGAAGGAUCUGCAGUUCAUGGUGGAUCUCCUGACCGACAACGACCAUGUGAUGCGCUUCCACUCACUGAGGCCGCAAAGCCAGUGUGGUGCCGUGGAUGCUACAGCUCAACAUGCGCGAGGACGAUCUUUGGAGACUCUUUCAUCAGCUGAGUCAGUCCACCCUAUGGGGACUCAUGGGCCUGAGCUUGAAGCAGCACAACCAACAAGCCAGCAAACCAGCGCAGCUGCUGGAACAGCUGACCAACACCCAGGGGACGGCACCCAAAGGACGCGGCAAGGGGAAGACGAAAACCAAGGCCACAUAGCUCAUCAGUUGCGCGUGACCCUUCGACAGGAGGUUGCAAAGCUGACACUUGGCAACACGGGCCAUAUGUGCUAUGCCAACAACGCCUUCACCUGCUUUUUGUGGUCGGCCCUGAGCAGACGCAAUUUCACCAUUACAGAUUGGGGACAUCAACAUGCUUUGUUUCGUGAGCUCCUGCUGACACCCAGGCCUCAGCCAUUGAAUUUGGAUGCUCAACCCUGGUUUCAAGGUAUUACCAUGAAUUGGGAUGACAACAGAGGCCAAGCUGAUUCAGCGGAGUUCACAAGCAUGCUGUUGCAAUGGGUUGCACCAUCUUUUCUUAGCUGCCACUGGCAACGCAGACUGAUGGAAAAUGAUUGCGUGCGUGUUCAUGAUCACAGUGAUCGGUUCCAACCUCUCACACUGCAAUUGGACCCAUCCCACAACACAGAUGGCAUUGCACGCUUGACUGACAUGCUGAGGCGGUGGCACAAUGACUUGGGCAUGUGUGCUGGCCUCAUGCACGCCCCAGAGGUCGUAUGCGUCCACGUGGACAGAUUCAUUUAUGAAGGACAUGGCAGGUUGCGCAAAACAGAUCUGCCGGUGUUCUUUGGAUGGACAGUGGACGUGCCCAUUUUUGUUGCUGAUGGCUUGGAGUGCACAUGGGAACCAUACCAAAUGACUGCUGCCUUCGCACACCAAGGGGAUGCUGCCACGGGCCAUUACCAGGCCCUGUUGCGCACACAGCCCAGUGUCAGACACCACAAUGCUGACACCUUUUGGCUGCACUGUGACGAUGACCGCCCACCCCGGCCAUGCUCCAUGCUCCCAAAUCAGUUCCAAGAAGGUGUGACAUGCAUUUGGCUAUGUCGACAAGAUGCCAUUGAUCUGCAUGCCUGGGAGGAAGACCUGCUGUCCACUCCACCAGGUUAUGCACAAAACCCUGACCAGCUGCUGAAGCUUUUGCAGCAGUCCUGA